AUGUCUAUCAACUACGGAUCGUCUGUAUAUCACCAUGUCGCUGGGAUUUACCAGCGCGACAAGAGUGGUCGACUACUUGUUGCUGAGGGCAGAUAUGCUGAACAGAUUCGUUUACUUUGGCCUGAGAUAUCCAAGGUUGCUUUGAACGGAGAAGCAACUGAGCAGCUUGAGUUGCCCUCUGGCAAGACCAUCAAUUCAACAAACGUUACACUUCCAUUCAAUACCACAGAGCCUGGGAGUCAACCCUUUCAGAUCCACGAGCUCCAGGAGCCUGGUAGCAAUGUUCGAGGACUCAUCACAUCCGAACCUUCAUCCUCCCUCCAACCCGACUUCUUCAACUGGGCAAAGACAUUCCUCCUCUUGGAUGCCCGCCUACUCACAACUGUCUCUCCCUCCGACUCCAAAGAUAUAGAAGCCCUGAAGAUUGCUGAGCAGGUGGCCGACCUAUUCGAGUCUAUCAAAAACACCAGCCAGGACGAUAAAUGGUCCACAGAAGGUCGCCAGUACUUCAUCGACAAGGCCUACUCGUUUACCAAAGACAGAAAACGGAUCGAGCUUUGUCUCCCCGCGUUCCCGUGCAAAUCCUCAAACCUGGAGAAAGUGGCCGGUAUCGCCCCAGAUGCUGCAGAGUAUCUUGCUCUCAGCCACCUUCACAACUUCGUAGAGCGGGUCUCGAAUAUCUAUGCCCCUGGUGCAACGCUGUGGAUUAUCAGUGAUGGGCAUGUAUUUUCCGAUUGCAUCGGUGUAGAUGAUGCCCUCGUCGACGAAUACGGACAGACUCUCGCAAACGAAUACCAUCGCCUCCAACGGGGGUCAGCUAGGAGCAAAUAUAUCCAGUUCACGGGCUUGGAAGACCUCUUCUUCUCGUCCCCUGAGGCAACCGCCGCUUUCUCAACAGACUUGCUCAGCGAUGUCGAGAUCCCCCAGCCCAUUGAGACCAUCCGUACCGACAGUGCUCAGAAGUGUCGGCUUCUGCUAGAGAAAGUUGGUGGCAUUGACCGUGGCCAUCUGAGACAGUUGAUUACGGACAAACAUCAGGAUACCCUUGCUCUCUAUCAGGGGCAAUCGCGGUUCAUGCUCGAGGAUCUGGCCGGCUAUUUGUCUGUCAGGAAUAUGGGUGGGAAGCAGAAGAAGAGGGUUGCGAGCAGUGUUGCUGCUGAGAUGAUUGCGAGGAACCACGCCUACUCGAACCUGGUUGAGCUGUUGUUCCCCCAUCACAUCCGUCUCUCCAUCCAUGCACACUCCAACUGCGGACCCAAGUUCGGCAUUCGUCUUUUUCCCAAAGGAACAGUCCGCCCAGUCCUAAAUUCCCAGUCUCUCCUCUCAACCACCGAACAAUCGAAGCCCUCCUACGAAUUCCAGAUUCCGACCGCAUGGCACAACUGUCUUGUCAAGGUUGAGAACAGCGAUACCAUGCUUCUCACCAAAUCCGGAAUUAUACACGAUGCAAUCAGCAACGGCACUUUCUCCGGAUCUUGGUGUGAAGGUGCCAAUGGAGGGUACUUUGCAGUGAAACGUGUCCACGACAAGUCCGAAGAGCAGACAGGACAGGUGGUGGUGGAGCUUACACAGCCCAAACCAGAACCCCUUGUUACGAAGGAGGCACUCUCUGGUUUGACGUCUGUCAAGAAGAGUCCCUUUGGUGUUUUCGGCUUGUUUGUGUGGAGUCGGAUUAUGGGGGUCUGGGCGGCGUUUCGGGCUGCCGUGAGGUGGUCUUGA